AUGGAUUCCCCGAUCAGCGAUUGCUACCCCUCCCCUACUUCCUCGUACUCGCCCUCACCACCCUCACCACCGCAGACUCGUAUUCCUCCACCUCUGACCUCAUCCGAAAGGAGGGCGAUUCGUAACCGUCUCCGCGACCCGAACUGGAUCCCUCGCCCCCGAAACGCCUUCAUCAUCUUCCGCUGCGAGUAUGCCCGCGAGCACGCCCGAUAUGCGCCUGGCGAGCCUACCCGUAUCAUCACCGACAAGACUUUGUCAAAGCGUGCCGGAGAUGCGUGGAAGAAGCUUUCGGCAGCCCAGAAAGCGAUCUUCAAGAAGCGCGCAGAUGUGGAGAGGGAAGAGCACGCACGUCAGUACCCUGCAUAUCGCUUCAAUCCUACUCGUCCUACCGCCCGGUCUCGGAGUCAAAGCUCUCCCGUCCCCGCCCCCGGUGUCGGCCGUUCCGCCCAGGUCGCCUCGUUCGUAGAGGAGAAGGAGAGUACCCCCCGUCUUGUGGAGGCGGAGCCAACGUCUCCUGGAUACCUCGUCCAACGCCAGGUUCUCAGUCUUCUCGGCCACCGUCGGCCGUCGUCCACUCCACUCCCUUCGUCCAUCACCCCUAUCGACAACUCUCUCGCUCCAGGCUUGUCAUCUUCCUAUCCCAAUACCCCCUACAUUCAAACCUACCAGCCCGCCGAUGGGAUGUUCGUCCAGAACGUCGAUCUCUUCAGCGGGUACGCUUUCGACUCGGGGAAUCCGGUGAGCUCACCUUUGACUCCGCCGAACAUCGGAGACGUCUAUCUUGGUACAGACCAGUCAUGUAGUGCGAUGACUUCUCCCGACACUUCGUCCAGCGUCACCAUUCCAUAUGCCCCUGCCUUCGAUAACUCAUCGUUCGGUAUGGUCUCGUUGCCGUAUGUGUCCGAUGUGGGCUGGCCGGGUGCAGACUACAGCACCAUGGCCGCUUACCCGCAGCCUUCCGAGGAUACAUUACCCGAAAUGCAGCCGCAGAGUACAAGCCUCUUUGCCUCUGCACCGUAUUCCGCUUCCUAUGGUACCGCCCUCGAGCACAUGUCUUAUCAGCAGCAGAGCUUGGACUUGGACAUGCCGAGUGCUGCGACUUACUGGGAGAACGGCCAGGGGUAUACCACGCAGCCGUACCUCUCCGGGAUGGCACCCUUUGACGAUGCUGCCGCGGCGGUCUUCCAGGAGCCUGUGGAGAGUGGGAUCAAUUAUCUUGAUAAUGGAUAUGAGGGAAACGGCUCGUAA